CCCAUAAAGCCUUCUCUCUUGUUCGUACAAACAUAAUGUCCAUAUAUAUCCUUCUUCUCGGAUCUCCAUCAAACCACUAACAAGAAGAAGAAAGAUCACUUCGGGCAUUCAGCAAAUCCCAACGAAAACGAGCAAUGAGGAAGCCAGAUCAGAUGACAAAAGAUAAAGUAAGCCAUAACAAUAACAAGAGCAAGCUAAGGAAGGGGUUGUGGUCACCAGAGGAGGACGAGAAGCUCAUGCGGUACAUGUUAACCAAUGGACAAGGAUGCUGGAGUGAUAUUGCUCGGAAUGCCGGUCUCCAAAGGUGUGGGAAAAGUUGUCGCCUUCGUUGGAUAAAUUACUUGAGACCCGACCUCAAGCGCGGUGCAUUCUCGCCCCGGGAGGAAGAGCUUAUUGUCCAUUUGCACUCAAUUCUUGGCAACAGGUGGUCUCAGAUUGCGGCACGUCUUCCAGGAAGGACGGACAACGAGAUUAAGAACUUCUGGAAUUCGACAUUGAAGAAAAGGUUGAGAAAUAACAAUAUUUCCACACCCUCACCAAACGACAGCGACGCUUCAGAGCCUAGAGAUGUCAUAUCCGGAGGUGUAAUGGCUCCCAUAUUGCAUGAACAUGACAUCAUGAAUAUGUGUAUGGAAACAUUUUCCUCAUCCUCCAUAUGCAUGAAUACUUUGGUCACAAGCAGCCAGCAGUUUGAUCCGUUUUCUAUGAUUGAUAACCGCUAUGACAUGAUUGGUGCAGCAGGGUUAUUCAACAUGCCUACAAACUUAGCACAAUUUGGUACUGGGAAUGGACAGCUUUAUGGAUCGGAUUAUCAUGGGAUCUUGGAGCCUAAUAGUACUAUGGGGUUAGAAAGGGACCUUUCACUUCCUCCACUAGAGAGUAGAUCAAGCAUUGAAGAAAAUAAUGCUGAGGUAGAUGAGAAAAGCAGUAACAACCACUUCAAUAAUGGUUGCUUCAACAUUACUGAGAGCUUUAAAAUAGAAAACAUGUGUGGGUUUGGAAAUCAUGGGCAAGGAGAAAACUUAAAGAUGGGGGAAUGGGAUUUUGAAGGUUUAAUGCAAGACUUAUCCUCCUUAAUAUCCUUUCCUUGAUUUCCAAGCCCGACGUCCGGCCUGCCUUCGCUAUCUCUCUUCUCUCUCUCUCUCUAGUGAUCUCUCAUCAGCUUCCUCCCACACAUAAAGCUACCCAAAGCCAUACCCUAGCUAGUAAAUUUUGGGGUAAAUAUUAUUUCUCUCAAAACCAUCAUUUUAUACAUGCAUAAACCCCGAUCGUGGUGAUCUUGCUAUAUUAAUUCCUUUAGUUCCAAUAUGAUCAAUACCUGUUAAUGUUUCUUUUAGCUUAUGAGAAAAAUGUAUCCAUCACCAAAUGCUCCCAUAUAUAUAUGCAUGGUCCCUAGCUGAUACCUAAUUAGCUAGCUAGGUCGAUCGGUCUGCAAUAAGAUUUGCAAUAUAGAGAUUAGGAUGAGGAGUUUCUAUCUUGUAUGUAUUUACAUUUCCUUGUGAGGCAUGGCAUGCAUACAUUACGAGUACUACUUGAUUGGCGCGCGGGGACAGAUUGGUGCAAUAAUCAUCGUCCCAAUGAAGAGAAAUGUGAAUAGACGAAUAUACAGCAGCUAGUCGGCAAAUUGUAGUUUUAUGUACGAAAGAAAUAAUUUGGAUCGGAGGUGUAGAUCAUGUAAUUUCUAUUAAUUAGUUAUGCAUAUAUAUA